GUACUGGGAAAUGGCACUGGGAGCUGGCACUGAGUACUGGGAACUCUUGUCUGGCACUGGGAGCUGGUGCUGAGUACUGGGAGGUGGCACUGGAAGCUGGCACUGAGUACUGGGAGGUGGCACCGGGCACUGGAAAAUGGCACUGGGAGGUGGCACUGGGGACAGGGAGGUGACACUGAGUACUGGGAUGUGGCAAUGGGCACUGGAAAAUGGCACUGGGAGGUGGCACUGGGGACAGGGAGGUGACACUGAGUGCUGGGAGGUGGCACUGGGCACUGGAAAAUGGCACUGGGGACAGGGAGGUGACACUGAGUGCUGGGAGGUGGCACUGGACACUGGAAAAUGGCACUGGGAGGUGGCACUGAGUACCGGGGGGUUGACACUGAGCACUGGGAACUGGCAGCGGGCACUGGGAGGCGACACUGAGUACCGGGAAAUGGCACUGGGCACGGGGAGAUGACACUGGGAGGUGGCGCUGGGAGCUGGUGUUGAGUACUGGGAGCUGGUGUCUGACACUGGGAGGUGGCACUGAGUACUGGGAGGUGGCACUGGGCACGGGGAGGUGACACUGGGAGGUGGCACUGAGUGCUGGGAGCUGAUAUCGGGCACUGGGCGCUGGGCUCUCGGAGCUGGCGCUGGGCACUGGGAGUUGCUGGCGGCACUGGGAGCUGGUCCCGGGCGCUGGGCACUGGAGCCGCCGCUGGUCCCCCCAGCAGCCCUGCCCGGCCCCGGCGAGCGGCCGCGUUCCCCGCGGUUUGACCCUCCCGCGCCGCCGUCGUGUCCCCCAGCGCGGUGCCUGCCGGGAGCUGUAGUCCCUUGUGCCGGGGCCCGCGGCGCGGACUACAACUCCCAGCAUGCAGCGCGGCCGCGCCUGCGCACUGCGCGCCGGGGAGCGGGGCCGGCGGACGGGCCGGGGGGCGCCGGCCAUGAGCGGAGCCGCCGCGGGCGCGGAGCGGCCUGAGCAGCAGCAGCGGGUCCGCCCGCCCGGCCCGGCGCUCCCGGUCUCGGCCGUGGGGCAGAACCGGCUCCUGCAGGUGCUCAUUCAGGGGGACCCAGCGGAGCCCAGUGCGGAGCUGCAGCGAGCGCAGGAGCAAUGGGAGGCGCUGGAACAGACCCAGGCGGGGCUGGGGGGGCCGUUGGCCGCUGCCCCCCCCCCGAUCUCCUUCCAAGAAGCGCUGCAGUUCUUCCAGAGCGCCGACCUCUCCCAGUGCAGGCGGCAGGCGCGGGUGCCGGGGGGGGCGCACGGCCUGGCCGUGCUGCUGCGCUGCCUCACAGGGCCCCCCCGGCUGCGGCGGCGGCUGCGGGAGGAGCGGGAGCUGGUGCUGGCCAUGGCCAACUGUGCCCUGGAUGACACCGAGUGGGUUCACAUGCGCAUCCUCCAGACCAUUUACACGCAGCUGACGCGCUCCCGGCUGAGCUGCCCCCGCUACGGCCCCCACUGGGAGGAGCUGGGCUUCCAGGAACUUCCCGUUUUGCAUUAUGUCCAUCAACAUCACCCGCAUGGUGGUGCAGGCCCUGCGGGAGGACCGGCUCUCCAGGGUGUGCAACCGGCGGCGGGAGGUGAUCGCCGUGAUCAACGACCUCUACGCCGCCGCCUUCCUGCAGCUCUACCGCGUCUGGAAGCGGCAGCACAAAACCAUCGCAGACUCCGCUCCCCUCCUCCGAGAGCUGGAAUUAUCCACCAAAAGGAAACCGAAGCAGCUGCUGAGGGCCCUGCAGACCUACGUGAGCCUUCGGCCUCGCUCCUCACCCUCCGAGGCCGAGGAAAUCAACUUCAUGGGCAUCUGCGAUCCGCACAUCGAGCUGGUUUGAGACACAUCGGGGGACGCUCAGAAGCCACCGUCACCCCCCUGGCGACGUGGGAAGCGCCGAGGUGGCCGGUGCAGAGCGGGGACGGGUUUGGGAGCCGGGGACACCACCACAAGUCCAUUUGUUUGGCUCAAAACCCCCCCAAAUGGUGGCGCAGUCCUUCCCUGCGAGUCUGCGGGAGCGAAGGCGGAAAACGUUGUUUGAGGCUGGUGCGUCCGUCUGUCCGGACUCCGCGCUUCUGUCUGUCCUCAGCCCGAAUUCAGAGCCCAAUGGUGGCUCCUGAAUGGAAUCGUGACUCCGGCAGCACGCUGGGGGGUGACACCUUUAAUUUGUCCCCGUGGCUGGGCAGGGGGCUGCUCGUCCCCCCCCAGGUGUCACUGUGAGCGUCACCACCUCCAGGUUAUUAAAAAGAGGGGGAGAAAAUGGCUUUUCUUGCCACAAUGGUGACUUUUGGACUUGGAUUUGCUGCUGAUCCCUGCAGGGAGGUGGGGGGUGGGUUCUGCCCCUCCCUGCCUCAGUUUCCCCCUUUGUGAAACCAGUUCCAGUGCCGGGUGCCACGCAGGGACAAGCGGAAGCAGUGACAGCGUUGACAGCGGCUCCGGCCCCGACGUGACAACCAGCGGGUGCUUAGAAACGCUCCAAAAGCACCUUCAGACCUCAAACAGAGAGGAAGAAAGGCAAAAGAGCCGUGAUUUGGUGCGUUUGAACACGAGGAGCUGGGGGACAACAGAACGAUGUGUCACCGAGCGGCUGACGGGGGCCGUGACCCCCCCCGAAAUGGUGACACCGCCCCCAGCUGAAAACACCGAAUAAAUGGGUAGAAAGGGU